AUGUCGCGCCACCGGCGGCAGCCAUCCCGCGCGCUCCCUCUCGAUUUCAACAUCGACGGCGGCGACGAGGGGCCAGCGGCAGACAAGGGCGGCGCCACGUCGAUCGACGGGAGCCAGCAGAACCCCCGUGCCGGUGGCAGCGGGGAUGCCGGCGGGGCAGGCAAAGGGAAAGGGCAUGAAGGGCAGACGACGAACAAACCGCCGCCGCCGGCCACUGGCAGCCGGACUCCGUCUGAUGGGACGACCGGCGGUAACAAGCCGCGGCACGACGACGGUCGUCUUACCAUGCUGAGUAGGACAUUGAAGAGGAGAUUUUGCGACCCUUGUUCACAGUUCGCGCAGUGCAGUGAUCGCAUCUGCAUAUACCUCUGA